AUGGCCUCCAUUGACAAGACAGAGGCCGAUGCCGCCACAGCCGGCAAGCAACCCAAACCCUCCUUUCUUCGAUCAAAAAAGUUCCUCAUCGGUAUCGCCAUCCUCAUUGCCGUCAUUGUCAUCGCGCUGGCUGUUGGCUUGGGUGUUGGACUUUCUGGCAAUCGCGGCGACAACGAGCCCGAUGAUAAGGGACCACAAACGGGACCUGGCAUUAAUCGAACGACCAUCUGGAAGCCUGAGGUCGGAGCAACAUGGCAGAUCAUCCUCAGAAAGCCGAUCAAUCUGAGCGCAGACAACGGCGCCAUUACACCAGACUCAAAGGUUUACGACUUGGACCUCUUCGACAACACUGCUGACACCUUCCUCAAGCUGCACAAGGCUGGUGUCAACGUCAUCUGCUACUUCAGUGCAGGCUCCUGGGAAGACUGGCGAGAGGACGCGGGCAAGUUUGACAAGGUAGAUCUGGGCAAGGAUCUUGACGGCUGGCCAGGUGAGAAGUGGCUCAACGUGUCUAGUUCGUCGGUCCGCGACAUCAUGAAGGCGCGCAUCAAGCUCGCCGCCUCCAAGGGCUGCAUGGCAAUUGACCCGGACAACGUAGACGGUUAUAAAAACAACAAUGGGCUGGGGCUCACCUCCGCUCAGGCUGCCGACUUCGUCAAGUUUCUCGCCAGUGAGGCCGCGUCGUACAAUAUGUCGACGGGCCUGAAGAACGCGGCCGACAUCAUCGACGACGUGCUCAGCGUUGUCCAGUUCUCCGUCAACGAACAGUGCAUCGAGCUCGCAGAGUGCGAGUCAUUUGCGCGCUUUAUCAAGGCUAAGAAGCCUGUCUUCAACAUCGAGUACCCCAAGGGCGCACCCGACGGCCUCACCGUUCAGACUGUGGAUGAAAUCUGCUCACUCAAGGGUAAUGCCACUGGGUCAGACGGGUUCAGCAAGGUCAUCAAGAAGAUGAACUUGGACGGAUGGGUCCAGUACUGUGACGGAAAGAGACGUUAA